AAAAAAGGAAAUCUUUCCUCUUUCUCUUUUUCCUCUUCAAGCUUGCAUCAUCCGGGAAUUCCAUGUCUUUUUCAAUAAUUGCCCAGACAUAUCUUCUUCUCCCCAUCCAUACGUAGGUCGAUCCAUACCUGAACGUCGUAGCUUGUUUGUAUUCAACCGUGCCAAUUGCUUCACCGGUGACCGUUUCUGUCCUUCUAGUAAUUGUAGCUUCUUCGGCAUCUGUUGCGUAUAAUCUUCUCCACUAGAUAUCGGCUCUUCUAACCCUUCUCCAUCUUCCUUUCCACGUCUUUCUUUCUUCCUAUCCUCGUCCACCAUUGAUUCCGCCUUCAUCAAGUAUCCCAUCUUACCUUGCUGUGUUCUCGCAAGUUUCGAUGGUUGUCGGCCACUGCUCGUCGUCGGGUAUCGUAAAUGCAAUUUCUCCAAUUUUUCAAUGUAUCGAGAAUCUAACGAAUCAUGCUUCGUUCUCUGCUUCCCUUCCUUAUAUCCAUCUUCUGGAAGUGCACCAGGAAGAAUUGCCGUCUCUGGCUGCUCAUUCUCAAAAAUCCCUUUACUUGUUUUUCGUCGCAUUCGUAAAAUCUCAUGCAGGUCAUCAUUCGUCUUUUCUUCAGAUUCGUUCUUGCAUUGCAAAGAACUAUCCAAUAGUUUCGCCAUCGAAUCUACCACAUGGUUAACGUCAUGUCGAUCAUGAAGCGAGGCAGACUUUUUCUCAAUUGGACUUUGCGGUUUGUAUGCAUGCUUCAUAAGCGUAGCCGUCGUGUGCAGCGCCCGUGACGACAUCUCUUUCUUCUUCAAGCUAGGUACUUCCCGUUCCGAUGCCAUUGCUUUUUUCGGUUGAACAAAAGGUACUAUUUCUGUAGAUGUUACAUGGCUUAAACUUAAUUUGGGUUCUUGGAUCCCCGUUGUUUCAAUAGCUGUGUCCAUAACCAUCUCCAUCGUAGACAUAUUGCCCCCUUCUGCUGCACCAUACAUCUGUGGAUUCGAUAUCUGCAUUUGCUGCAUAGAUCCAAUCAUUUGCUGUACAUAUCUUUGGUAACGAUUAUCCACUUCUCGUAAUUGUUUCUCCAUAUCACGACGCAGUGCCUCUUCUUGUUGUGCUAAAUUCGCUGCUACAUAGUUUCCAAGCUCAUUUUCACGCAUCGCCAGUUGUUGCUCUCGAAGCGCAAUCUCGUUUUCUCGUUGGUUCAAUGACUGCUGCUUCUUUCGAAGAACCCUGAACUGAUCCUUCAUCAAACGUUCCGUUUCCAGCUGCUUUCUAAUGUCCAUUAACACUGGAGAACACAAAAGUUGAAACGUCGUAGGACGUACGUCACAGUCAAUUUCCAAACAGUGCCGAAUUAGUUGAUAUAGAUCAUUACUAUAAUAACCAUCCCAAUGGGAAAGAUUUCCUUGACAAAUAUUCUUUUGUAAUUCUAAAUACGAUCUUCCUUCAAAUGGGUGGCUAAGCAUACACACUUCAAACAUAACGCAUCCAAGUGCCCAUAUGUCCGAUUUCGCACUGUAAGGAUUAUUUCGAAUAAUCUCCGGAGACAUAUAAUACGGGGUUCCUACGUAGCUCUGUGUGAACAUACGAGUAUUGUCUAGUAAUUUCGAUAGUCCAAAGUCUCCCAACUUCACCGAAUUGUCUUCAUCAAGGAACACAUUGGCAGGUUUGAUAUCUCGAUGCAAGACAUACUGGUUAGGAAUGUGGCUUUCGUUCAUCCACUGGUUCUCCGUAACGGGAGCAUCUCUACCAUAAUGACAUCUGUACAAGGCGAGUAAAAGUUGCGUAAAGAACCGGAGUACUUGAUGCUCUGGAAAUCUCGUUUUCUCUUCCUUAUGAAUCUCAAUGUGUUUUGCCAAAUCACCACGAUCGCAGUAUUCCAUAUAAAUAUUAAUCACUUGAGUAAGUCUGUUGAUUUCCUCGCCACAGUAUUGAACGAUAUUAGGAUGUUUUAGAUGUCGAAGAAUAUUCACUUCAUCUGCAAUGUGCUGCUUCUCUUGUCUACUUAUAUUUCCGAAAGGAAUUUCCUUUUGAGCUAGCAGUACGCCGUCAGAAAGCCUCUGAACCUUGUAAAUCCUGCCAAAGCUUCCAUGACCAAUGCAUUCCAGGAUUUUAUACUUUUCGGUCAUAAUAAGGGAGAGUGCAUACAAACUCGCACAAGACAAUGCAAGACGCCUCCUAAAGAUCAAGUCAAUGAUAUAUAAACACUUUUAUAUCCAAAAACUUUCAACUUUUGACACAAUGUUGUUUUUGUGUUAAGGGUGCAAGUUUACUUUGUUUUCUUCAGUAUUUCUUCACCGUUACUUGUUUGUCUCUUGAAAGUAAACAAUCUCAGGUAACGUUUUUUCUCAUCCAACCAAAGUGUUGCUUAUACAUACUGCGCAGGGUUUCACUAAUCAACAAAUACUAAAGGAAGUAAGUAAAUGGUAUAUGAAUCCAAUGAAUGUAGCGAGUAUAUUUAACGAAGAAUUGAAAUGAAAUUAGAGUAUUGCAUGCUAAUUAGAUGGCUAUUUUUCCUUGUUUAGUUCAUUGUACAUAAACGAGCUUUUUCUUACAAUGAUAUUGAAUAUCUCACCAGAGAGCUUCCCUACUGCUCCGGAAUUUAUUAUUGAUCUCUUUAAGUUUCGUUGGAUAUAUACUUUGGUACAGAGCCGACUUCUUCACCUUCGCUUGCGUAAGUACGAAGUAAAAGCUUGUUUUGCUACAAAUUCUGAACCUUUUGAUAUUUUAAUUUUAACUGAAUUAUCAUUAACAUCCUUAUAGGAAGAGUACUAUAGAGGAUUUUGUCAUAAAAGUUAUACCAAGUGUUAUACUAGUAACAGGUCAUUGCUUUGGGCGGUCAAGUUAACCACCACUCAAAACAAUCAAAAGGAAAAUUUGUCUUGUUAUUCUACUCCAUCUAAUAAUUUAAUAUAAAAUUAGACCUUAUAUUUAAAUAAUUUCUGUUAAAAGAUGAACCAUUCAUCAUCGUUUGGAGUUAGCAGUUCACCAAAUAGCAAAAGUCCUUUGAAGCCUCUCUCAGUGGACGACUUGCGCUCCCCUUCACCGCAAAGAGAGCUACGAGGAAGCAGAGGAUCUUUCGCUCCAUCUUCAACUGAUAAGAAAUUUGUUCCAAGUCAUUUGAUGCACUUAACGGCGAGUCAACGCAAAUUCGCCCCAGAUGUCAGCUCUCCCUUGAACGAGUUUUUUGAAUCACCUUCCGGUAUCCGUUCCUCUACAAAUCCUUCAUCCAAAUUUGGAGGACCUAGCUUCGGUACUCCAAAACCAUUUUUACGGGCUAACCGUUUGGGAGGAAGCUCAGUCAUUGAAGAUGCACCUCCUACUCAAUCUAUCUAUGACUUCCCAUCUUCUCGUCAAAUAAGCACCUCCAAUGUCGAUCAAGUUACUGCUUCUCCUCUUUCUUCUCCCUUUUCCACGAAAACUCAAAAUAAUCCUAUGGAACCAUUAAAGGAAGUUAGCAGAACUGUUAUCGUUUUUGGCUUUCCACCGGAAUUAACCAGUCAAGUCGUGAAUGAAUUUUCUCGUUUCGGAAAGAUUGUCAAUCAGAAUUCUCUUACCGCCUCUAGUGUAUCCAUGCCGAGUCUAAACAGUGGUCAUGGAAAUUGGCUACAACUCACCUAUGCCGAACCUUUUUCCGCUGCCAAAGCUGUUCAAUCAAACGGAAUAGUUAUUGGUGGUUCUUUUAUGGUUGGAUGUAUCUAUAGUUCUGAUGAUAAACAAGGUUAUUCGCAAUCUACAAAUCUGGAUGCUUUAGAUGUUGAAAUGACAGAAGCAGAUACCAAAGGAAUUCCACCUUUAACUACUCAAAUAGAGGCUAAUGUGCAAACUGAAGCAACAAUUGGGAAAAGAAUAGUGGUUCAGCAUAACGAAGAUAUAUUCAAGUCAUCCCAUAAGGACAAUUCAAAGAAUUGGUUAGUACAAAGUCUUUUUGGAAAUAAUGCAAACGAUACCGUCGAUGAAGAAGAAAAGUUGUCAGAUAUUGCAGACGAUAAGACCGGAAGGAGUUCUUUAUUAGGUAAGAGCAUUCAGGUGAUUUUACACACCCUUUUCGGAUUCUAGAUAUGAGGUUUAUUGGGCGUAUACGAAAAUGAACUGGGUCUAAUCUUACUGUAUAAUACGUUGGAAAGGAAGAAGGCUAUGUUAAAACAGCAAACGUACACAAGCCUCCUUGGUUGAUAAUUGAAUAAUGGAUGAAUACACAAAACGGUUAGAAUAUGUUUUACUAAUGAGUAAUCUUUCCGUAUUCUCUAGUAAUGAGUAGUCUUAUGUCCCUCCCUUUUAGCAUUUAUUCUUUGGUCAUUCAUGAAUUCAAAAAUUUACAGUUUUUACUUCGUAC